CCUCACGUGGCCACGCCUUCCGUCCCGCUUGCCCUCGGUGCUGGAGCAGGGAGGGGGCAGGGGCGGGGGGUGCGCAUGCGCAAUGCCAGGAGGCGGAGAAGUCCGGCUGGGCAAUGGCGGCCGCGUGGGCCUUGCAGUAACGGUAGCUCCGUGGCGGCUGCGAGGGGUGGGCGGGUGAUGGCGGAGAGCGGCGCGUGGCUGCUCGUGCUGAGUUCGGUGUUCCUGUGCAACCUUCUCAAAAUCCUCCUGCCCUCCUGCUCCUCCAUCAUAUCCAGAUUGCUACAGAAGGAUGCAGAGCAGGAGUCCCAGAUGAGAGCUGAAAUUCAGAACAUGAAGCAAGAACUCUCAACCAUUAGUAUGAUGGAUGAGUUUGCUAGAUAUGCCCGACUGGAAAGAAAGAUUAACAAAAUGACUGACAAACUUAAAACUCAUGUGAAAGCACGAACUGCUCAAUUAGCCAAAAUAAAGUGGGUAAUAAAUAUUGUAUUCUACAUUUUACAAGCUGCCUUGAUGAUCUCACUAAUUUGGAAAUAUUAUUCUGAGCCAGUUACUGUGCUUCCAAGCAAAUGGCUAGCCCCACUGGAGCGUUUAGUAGCCUUUCCUACAGGAGUGGCAGGUGGUGUUGGAAUUACGUGCUGGCUUGUGGUCUGCAACAAAGUUGUGGCCAUUAUGCUUCACCCUUUCAGCUGAGAAGGAAUCCCAGAAUUCUAAACUGCAUUUCCGUUAUUACAGUUAGAAAGUGGAGUCCUGGAGUCUUUUACGAGAGACAAAAUACAGAGCUUGCACUAAGUACUUCACUCCUGGUGUAUAAAGGAGAACGCCCUUUCCAUCUAAGGAAACAGUUGUGUACAAUGUAAUAAUUAAGCAUGAAUUAAUGUUCAUCUUUUUUUAUUUCAGUUCAGUAUUUAUCAAUAAGCUUUAUCGGUCAUACCUUCUUCCCUUGACUUAUCCCUCAAGUUCUUAGUCAAUAACUUUUAAAAAACUAACAUUACUUUUGAUAAACGCCUCAUUUUUGUUGUUGAUGGCUAGCAUAUACACUGGUGAACUGUAGAAACAAGAAUUUGUCAUUGAGAAUCAGCUGCAAUGCUGGAUUAACUAUAGCUUUUUUGAGGUGAAUUACAGAGUGGGUGGGGAUUCUUUUGGAGCUUUACUAUUUCUUUGGCAGAAGUAUGGAGACUGCUUCAUAUAAUUUUCUUUUGGUGGAGUAGGGAGGUCGAUUUAUUGCUUGUUUAUUUUAGAAUGUGAUUUCCUAACUUUACCUUGCAGACUUCAGAAUUUGUGGGCUGUUUUAGAAGAUGCACCACUGAUUUAAUUGAAAUCUAGAGUUGUCCUAAAUAUUGGUGGCUGGCUACUUGUUCCUGUCUGCUCCCGAAUGACAGUGGAGACCCACUUGCUUGAACAUAUUCUGUCUCCUUUCCCAAAUGGCUCUUCCUAGCCCCGGACCUGAUUCUCUCUCUCUCAAAAUACUUCUCUUCCCCCUAUCUUGAGGGAAUAUCACUGAGGUCAUGCUCUGGUCCUGAAGUCUCCUUUCUUCCUCCUCUUUCUGUCUUGGCCCAGGAAGAGGGAGAAAAGCGGUAGUCUCAAAGACAUGCCAGAGCAUGGCCCCAACUUGUAUUCUGUUGGGAAGGAAUGAUGUGGCCAGUCUCUUCCUGUUUCCUCUUCCUGGUUGAGGAGGAGAAGCAGGAAACGUUUAAACUUCAGAAGGAAGCGCAGUCACUAACAUUUCAAAAUAUUAGAACAUAAGCUUUCGUGGGCUACAGCCCAUUUCUUCAGAUGCAUAGAAAUAUACAUACACACACACAGAUAAGUUGUAAGUUACCAUACAAACUGUGAGAGGCUAAUUAGUUAAGAUGAGCUAUUAUCAGCAGGAGGAAAAAAAACUUUUGUAGUGAUAAUCAAGAUGGCCCAUUUAGACAGUUGACAAGAAGGUGUGGGGAUACUUAACUUAAGGAAAUAGAUUCAAUAUGUGUAAUGAAUAGAGACUGGGAGUGGCUGGGUCAUUACACAUAUUGAAUCUAUUUCCUUAAGUAUCCUCAGACCUUCUUGUCAACUGUCUAAAUGGGCCAUCUUGAUUAUCACUAUAAAAGUUUUCUCCUGCUGAUAAUAGAUAAGACGAUAAGCUCAUCUUAACUGAUUAGCCUCUCACAGUUUGUAUGGUAUCUUCCAACUUAUCUGUAUGUGUAUAUAUAUAUCUUACUAUAUGUUCCAUUCGAUGCAUCUGAUGAAGUGAGCUGUAGCCCACGAAAGCUUAUGCUCUAAUAAAUUUGUUAGUCUCUAAGGUGCCACAAGUAUUCCUUUUUGCGGAUACAGACUAACACGGCUGCUACUCUGAAACAUUUCAAAAUAUGAGUUACGUCAUCUUCCAGGAUAGCCUAAGACAAUCUGCAAGGUAAUAAAGUAAGUCAGGGACUCAGAUUUCUAAGUAAUAGAGAAUCUUGAAGAAAAUGGUAAUUAGCAGAGGAAAAACUUUACUUUUUGGAGUGAAUCCUCUUUUCCCCAGUGCUAAGCUACAGUAAACACGCUGGAUGCAUAUGGUCCUGUAGGGUAAGGGACCUCCCUUCUAACCUGCCGAACAGUGAUAAAACUGUUUUGCAACUGCUGGGCUACACUGUCCACUGCCCAUGUCAUUCCUUUCCUGGAAGGCCAACGGUCAGUGGAUUUGCAGAGUCCAUAAUCCACAAGCCUUGCAUGCCUCUACACUGGCAUGGAAAAAACUCACAUGGAAAGGGGCACAUAACACGCCUGUGUAAGUUCCAGGAACGUUGGCUCACCUGCUUGCCCGGUGCACUGGACCUGCAUCUGUUCCACUACAUUCAGUUCCCUUCAUAGUCCUAGAGGGAUGUGCCUGAUUGUCAUCUCCUGCCCCCCAAUGAACACUUUGUUUAGGAAUGAAUUCUUAAGGUCAUGAUAUCUGUUCUGUGUGUGUGCAUGAAAUGUUUUUUUUCUUUGUGAAUUUUAAAUGUGUUUUUUUAUGUUGGUUAUGUUGAGCCUGUAUUAAUAUUUAUGCAUAAAGUAUAGAGCACCAAGAAAAAAAUACAGGGAUUGAGAACCGG